AUGUUGUGGAUAUUGUUGCUGGGAUGUGUUGUGCUCGUGGAAGGUCAGCGUGGGAGUUUCAGUCAAAGCUCGUCGAGUGAUUUGCGAGAGGUUGAGAUGUCCCGCUAUAUGAGACGAAUGGAUCAGUGGAAAGCGCAACGAGAGGCUUAUAAACAACUUGUGCAAGCCCAACGCGAUCGCUACUACCAGGAUUACUUUGAUCGAAUGAAAGAAUAUGGAAGAACAGUGGAGAGACAAAGAUAUGUGCAGUUAUUGCAAAAGCAAGCGCAGGAGCGGGCGAAACUCGAGGAAUCGAUGAAAUAUUGGGGAGUGGGUGGAGUACCGGAAGGGAUGAGAAGCGAGCCAGCAUCACCCCGUCCUAGUGAUCCCUUCGGCGCCAAUGUGCAACAGGCAACUUCUGGGCAACGACAAAGCUUGGAAACAAUCACUCGUGACUCGACAGCUCUGCAAUCAUUGUGCCAAAGAUAUCUCCCAACCGUUCGCUUGCACUGUAAUGGACAAAUAGAAAGAGGAUAUCAAGAAAAAUGCCAAGGAUUUUAUCAGGAUUGUCAACAAUACAUUUAUCGAGGUGAUCCACUCUAUUCAACGGCUCAUUCAUUUAGCUCAGGCGUUGGUCUGAAUUUGGGAUCGUGGGCGGUGAAAGGGAUUCCAUAUUAUCCGAUUAAUGAAGAAGGAGCCAUUGGCGCUGGACAUUUAAUGAAUAUCCCAUUCGGAUCAUGGGGUGGCGGGUUCACUGAUCAUAUUGGAGUCAGAGACUACUGGUCCCAAUACACGGAAAUCGGAGCAAACUGGUAUGAUGGAAAGUAUGGGUACAAAUCGGGUUGGAGUGCCCCGUUGGUGCAGAGUCUCGGUGUUGAGGGAGACUUGCACGCAACGGCUUCGGUACCAAUCCGUCCGGGCGAACUGGGGAAACCGAUCGGCGUGGAUGUGGGCGGUGGGGUUGGACCGUACUAUCAACAAAAUCAACACGUUGGCGUCGACUAUUUGAAUGGACGAGUAGGCACAAACUUUGGCGUGGCCGUUCCAUUUACGGGCGUCGGCGUCAAUACAGGACUCGGCAUCAAAUUUCCAUCAAUUGCCGAUAUUCAAGGA